CAUUAACAUAAUUUGCCCCCUCCUUUUUUUCUUACUCUCUCUAGAUCGAACAAGAUGGCUACUGAUAUUACCCUAAUCCUCUCCACCGUCUUCUUCACCUCCAUACUUCUCCAUCUUCCCUCCAUGACCAUGUCCGAUGAACCAUGCCCUUACCCAUGUUAUUCUCCACCUACAGGCACCGGCCCGGUCACCGUAAUCGGCAUGACACCUCCACCGCCGCCGUAUGAGACAGGAUCAUACUCACCACCAGGAAACUACCCAACACCAACUGGGAAUUUCCCAUAUAAUCCAUCACCAAAUUCUGGUAACAACUACUAUGGUCCUCCUCCUCCUGACCCUAUUUUGCCUUAUUUCCCAUACUACUACAGAAAGCCUCCUCACAAGACUGAUGCCUCGUCGGCGGCGGGGAAUGUUCCGAAGUCAAGAAUCAUGAUAGCCACAGUUACGACUUUUGUUUUUGGUUUCACUUUGAUAUUUUAAGUGAAGCUUUUGGAAUCGUAUGGUUUGAUGUCUUAGUAGUUAUGAGAAGAUUUUAUAGGUUGAUUUUGGCGUAUGUGGUAGUUGCGGAAAUAUUUAAAUGGUUGAGAAACUGCAUGAGAUCAAACUCUUCUUAUUAAUAAAACUAUCUUUCUUUUUAUUUAA